GAAGUAGCCUCGACACUGUAGGAAACUGGGAAACAUUGGACCUCUGCUUGUUGGACUAGGAGGAGGAGGAGGUGUCUUGUCUGCCCGCCUGCUCGUGCUCUCUCGCUCUCUCUCUCUCUCUCUCUCUCCCUCUCUCGCUCUCCCUCUCUCGCUCUCCCUCUCUCAAUCAGCGAGGCUACUGCCACCAGAGCCAAGAGUUGCCGUUCCGCGCACCGAUGCCAAAACGCGCAGGAGGAGUCAGUGCCAAAGGGUCAUUUUAGCGCACCACUGCUGACAUCGAAGGACUGUAGGGAAUCCUAGAAUAAACAGCAGCCAUUUGACCCAAGGUGAUAUAAUCAUAUCAUUAGAAUUAAGAGAGGGGAAAAGGCGAGAGGAGCCAAAUAAGAGCCAAUACCUUUCACCGGUGGAGUGCACCGUACUUCAUCUGUCGCCACGGUCGCUGCAGAGGUGGGCAGUCCAGGAUUUUUAUCUGAAAACGAUCAUUGCAAAAAAUAUUAUCUACCUGCGCACAUAUCAGCUCAUCGGCCACUAAUAGCCAACUGCUUCCUAAAACUACACUUUGGCUUCCUUAAUCCAGGUGUUGCGUCCUUACGAAGACGCUGCCGGACAUUGUGGACAAACUGGUCUUCCAUCCUUAUCGCGCUCCUGUCCGACUCCUCACCUUCCAAACGCGCAUCAAGUUGCAGCUGAAGACUGACUGUGAAUAGCAGAGGGAUUAGGAGGAGGGAAAGUUGGUCUCCUGCGAUCCAGAGAGAACCGACACCACGGUCCAAGCCGACUCCAAGUGCCGUUCACCGGGCGAUGCCAGAGUAAAUGCCGGGGCAAUGUCCCGCCGCAAGCAGGUGAACCCGCAGCACUUAUCGUUGACGCACAGGGAGACAAUACAAGAGGCCAAUCAUGAUUCAGGGGCGGGAUCUACGUCUCCAGAGCCAUCCACCCCCAGCCCUCGGAGGGCAGGAUCCGGGGAGCAUGAUCUGCUGACCUGCGGCCAGUGCCAGACCAACUUCCCUCUGGGCGAUAUCCUGGUCUUCAUCGAGCACAAGCGCCGUCUGUGCCGGGGCCCCGGGAGCGGCCUGGGGUCUUUCUCCAAGCCUGGGGAGAGUGGCGGGAUCACGGGCAUUCCCAUUUCUCCCAGGGCCAGGUCACUAGAGCUGGGGAGAGGGUCCAUUCCGGUGGAAGUGGGCAUCCAGGUGACCCCCGGAGGAGAAGAGGAUGAGGAGAGGAGGCUGACGCCGGCCAAGGGAAUCUGCCCCAAACAGGAAAGAGGAGAUAAAGAUGAGCCAUCCAGCUACAUCUGCACUACCUGUAAGCAGACCUUCACCAGCGCCUGGUUCCUGCUUCAGCACGCUCAGCACACUCAUGGCAUCCGUAUCUACCUGGACAACCACCCGGUCAACUGCUCCCUCACUCCCCGCAUGGCUCUGCCUCCACCCCCGGGCGCUGACGCCCUCCCUCGUUCCCCUCUCCCCACUUUCCUCGGUGACACCAACAACCCAUUCCACCUCCUCCGCAUGGCCGCGCCCCUGCUCAGGGAACAUCCCCCUCCUCCGGGAUACAUGGAGACCCGGCUGCCUGCAACGCCACCCUUUGUCAGCCCUCCUCCUCCCCCAAGACCCCCUCUAGAGCGGCUAGGCCCAGAGGAGAUGGGGCUGCUGUCCCAGCACCCCAGUGCCUUUGAGAGGGUGAUGCGGAUGACCCCCAUGGAGCCUCCUUCCAUGGACUUCUCCCGACGUCUGAGGGAACUGGCGGGCAACACGACUAAUAAUGGGGGGCCCACACCUCCUCUCUCACCCAACCGUGUGCCACCCAUGCACCGCCUGCUGAGUCCCACGCUUUUCCAGCCUGGCGCCAAGCCCCCAGCGUUUCUCACCUAUGCCCCACAGCCACCCACCUCUCAGGGGGGACACGGUUCUUCCAGCCCUCCUGACUCCCAGGGUCAGAACCAGGCCCCGGGGAAAGCCAAAUCCUGUGAGUUCUGUGGCAAGAUUUUCAAGUUCCAGAGCAAUCUGAUCGUCCACAGGCGCAGUCACACAGGAGAGAGGCCGUACAAGUGUCAUCUAUGCGACCACGCCUGUUCCCAGGCGAGCAAGCUUAAAAGGCACAUGAAGACACAUAUGCACAAGUCUGGGUCCAUGAGUGGCUCCCCAGAGCGGGGAAACAGAGGAGAGGGGGGAGAGGGUGAAGAAAAGAGUAGAGAGGGAGAUUCAAGAGGGAUGGGGAUGGACAAUGAGGAGGAGGAAGAGGAAGAGGAGGAAGAAGAAGAGGAGGAAGAGGAAGAGGAGGAAGAACUGAGAAAUGGAAGUCGGCCAGAUUCCAACUUAAGUGAUGACUCACAGGAAUUCGGCCAGAAUAGGGAGAACGGCCCAAGGCAGUCUCCCGAGGAGAAGCCCCUGAGCAGGGAUCGAGUAAAUGACAGUGGAGGGGUGGGCAUCAUGCACCCAUACAACCAUGUGGACAAUCACCUUAGACUUAACCCUAACAAGAGAAGCCUGGAGAGACAACCUAAUGGAGAUGGUGGAGAGAGGGGCGAAGAAGAAAGAGAGAGAGAGAAUGAGAGGGAGCAGGACAGAGAGCGAGAUGAGCAUGAGAACCAGAGGCCUGUGAUGAAUGGCAGAAUUAGUGUAUCUGAAGCAGACUCCUUCCCUGGGCUGUUCCAGCGUCGGCCCACCCCCAUCACCAGCCCGAGCCCCUCCAACAACAAGAGAAUCAAGAUUGAGAAGGAACAGCUGGAGCUUCCCCCAGCCAUACCCCUCAUCUCCCCGGAGAAUGUCUACUCUCAGCUCCUGGCUGGCUACGCUGCUUCACGCCACUUCAUCAGAGAACCCUUCCUGGGAUUCACCGAUUCCCGUCAGUCGCCGUUCGCCACCUCCUCCGAGCAUUCCUCUUCAGAGACAGGCAGCCUCCGCUUCUCCACCCCGCCCGGCGAGCUGAUGGAAGGGGGGAGCGCCUCGGGCCGCAGCGGCAGCAGCACCCCUCACCUCCUGCGGGGACCAGGACCAGGGAGGCCCCCGAGCUCCAAGGAGAGGAGGAAUGACACCUGCGAGUACUGCGGCAAGGUGUUCAAGAACUGCAGCAACCUGACGGUACACCGACGCAGCCACACGGGGGAACGGCCCUACAAGUGUGACCUGUGCAGCUACGCCUGCGCCCAGAGCUCCAAGCUGACACGCCACAUGAAGACCCACGGGCAAUUUGGGAAAGAGGUGUACCGCUGCGACAUCUGCCACAUGCCCUUCAGUGUCUACAGCACACUGGAGAAACACAUGAAGAAGUGGCAUGGCGAACAUUUGAUGGCCAGUGAGGUCAAACUGGAGCAGGCGGACAGAGGUUAAGCCACCAACCAUUACAUAUACAGUCUACAGUGUACACACUCACACAUACACACACACACACACACACACGCACACACACAAACACACACAUACGCACACAAAUUCCCUAUAACCACUUCUUCAGCUAUGGGGCUUGGCUGGAUAAUCUCUCUCUUAAAAAAAUUUGAGACUGAUUGAUGUUCAUUUUUUUUUCUUGUCACAGAAACUGCCACCUGAGAAUAUAAACAAAGGGAAACUUUAAUGAGAACUUGUCUGGAAUGCCCAACUUGGUGUUUCUUGGCAUACUGUCUGAGGAUUUUAUCAGUUAGGAAUCCAUGGAGCCUUUCUACUGUGCAAUAAUUUCUGUAUUUAUUGGAUUUUUGUAAUGAUAUUUGGCAUGUGCAGGUACAUCUUUGUGGGAUUUCAUAUGGAGUUAGUUUUGAAAUGUGCUAAAAAAAAAAAAAAAAAAUUUUUUUUUUCUAAAAGGCGAUAACUGGAAAGAAGUCACCCUUAAUACAAAAAUUCUUUUUUUUUUCCUUUAAGGAAGCUUAUUAUGAUGUGAGAGUAAAAUUGUGUGAAGCAGUUAGCUUUUAAAAGUAAAAAUAAUUGUUUUCUAUAUUAACUGCAGCAGCGGACUACAAUCCAUUCCCUCAUACAGGCCUAAAGCACUGAAUGUCAGCCUGACAAUAAAACAUCAUGCUGGAUUUAAAAAAUCCAGCACUGACCUGAUAAGUUACUUUUAAUUUAUUCAGGGAAUCUGUCCUUUUUUAGAAAAAAAAAAAUAUUGGCAUGUGAAUAAUAUCAAAAUGUAGUCACUGUAUUGCCGUCCUUGCUUCAGUUAGGACAUAAAUAACGGUUGCACUUAAUGGAGGUACCCUUAACUGAUGCUCAGAACAUUCCCAAUGUAGAAUUAAAGCAACAUAUUUAAUAUGUUGAACAAGUUAAGACUACUUGUGAUUAAUGUGAGAAGGAGAACAGUCCUGUUUAUGGUUUGUAAAUAUAUUCUUUUUUUUAAAUAUGUUAAAGUAGCCCCCGACUGUACGUGAACGAUGGCCUAAAAUUAAACAAUCAGAAGACCAGCUGCUUGCAUCAUCCACAGUAUAUGCUAAGUGUAAC